UGUCUAAGCCAGAUUGAUGCUACGUAUGCUCCGAGCAGCUUGCUAUCUUUGUAGAGCACAAAACUGUGUACCAAACGGUCAUAUUAAGAUCGCCACUGCCUUUGUAGUGGAGGCGGAGAAGGCGUGCUGGCACUCCCCUAACAACAACAGAGGCUUUAGCCGGAAGAGCCAUACAUUCCUGCCUAAAAUAUUUAGAAAAAUGUCUGCUCAAUCAUCAAAAGACAGACCUGAAAAUCUGCAGUUUCCAUUCCUUGAUGAUGAUGCUACCAUUUCUACAGUCAAAGAAUCUAAAACCGUUUUUAUCAUAAGAGGCCUGCCUGGCAGUGGAAAAUCCACCCUUGCCCGGGCUAUUCAAGAUCAGUAUAAGGAUGCCUGCAAGGUCAUUUCUGCUGAUAAUUAUAAAAUUAUACCUGCAAUAAGAAGCUCCAUUCCUGAAGAUUAUUCAAAGUUGGAUGAGGAUUUAGACAACUAUUGCAAACGAGACAUCAGUGUUGUUGUUGUGGAUGAUACUCACCAUGAACGGGAACGGCUAGAUCAACUCUUUGAUAUUGCUGACAAAUACCAGUACGAAGUCCUCUUUGUGGAACCCAAAACACCUUGGAAGAUGGAUUGCUUGCAGCUUAAGGAUAAGAAUCAAUGGAAACUAUCUGUUGAAGAUCUGAAGAAGAUGAAACCAAGCUUGGAGAAAGAUUUCCUGCCUGUGUAUUAUGGAUGGUUUUUGAGCAAAAAGAGCUCUGAGCAUUUGAGGAAGACUGGGCAAGCCUUUUUAGAUGAGUUAGGAAAUCUUAAAGCAUUCAAAAAGGAGUCUAAGUACUUUCUUCCUGACGAAGAUCCCAAAAUAAAAUUGGACCUGACUGGCCACUUUGCGAAAAGGCCACCCGGCGUUUUGCACUGUACGACAAAAUUUACUGACUUUGGAAAGGCUUUGGGAGCUGACGAAUAUGCACAACAAGAAGUUGUGAAGGCUUCCUAUGGAAAAGCCUUUACCCUGACUAUCUCUGCACUGUUCCUCACAACAAAAACGGUGGGUGCUCGUCUGGAACUGAGCGAGCAAGAACUGUUGCUGUGGCCUGGAGACGUGGACAAGAUACUGCCUAUAGACAACUUGCCCAAAGGCAGCCGGGCUCACAUUACCCUGGGAUGUGCCAAUGGCAUCGAACCUGUCCAGACUGGGAUUGACUUGCUGGAGUUUGUCAAGCUGGAAAAGGCAGGGAACAAAGGUGAUGAGGUUGAGGAAUUGGGUGGAGGGAAACUGCUGUACUUUGGCAAUGGCAUGUGGAUGCUCCUUUUGUCUAAAAAGAUUGAAGUGAAGGCUGUUUUCUCAGGUUACUAUGGCAAGGGAAAGCUAGUGCCUACUCAGGGCAGUAGCAAACGAGGCUCUGCCUUUAAUCCCUGCAUUAUCAUCUAAGUGCUCAAGCUGUGCAGGGUUUUUUA